UGAAGCUACAGGUGUUCUGGACUGGGCUGGAAUAUACCUGCCGGCUCCUGGGCAUCUCCACUGCAGCAGUGUUGAUCGGCGUGGGCACUGAGACCUUCCUCCAGGGGCACUUCAAAAGCUUGGCUUUCUACCUGCUGUGAGUUUACAGGAGUCACCGUCUCCGUGUGUGAAGGGGCCUAUUUUGUGGCUCAGAUGUUGACCAUCUGCUUUCAGUGUCAGCCAGGGUCCCCGGCCUACAUAGCAAGGGAGAAGGCCCAGUGGCUGGGCUGCUUCCAGAAGUUCUUGGCCUAUAUGCUGCUGUCUGUGGCCUGCUUUCUCCACCCUGUGCUGGUCUGGCAUGUGACCAUCCCAGGCUCCAUGCUCAUCAUCACUGGCUUGACCUACUUCCUUCUUAGCAAGCGGAAGAAGAACAAAGCUUCCCCUGAGGUGCCAGUCUCCCAGGAGCAGUACACAGACCCCUCCAGCAGUGCCAUGAGCACCAUCAUCUCUGGGGACACUGAGCAAACCUACACCUUCCAUGGAGUCCUCAAGGAGGGGUCCAGCUCCUUCUUCACACAUAUGAAGUACAUCCUAAAGGGGACCAGGAAACCCAGCACCCUCCAGUGCCCAGAUGCUCUGACAGAGCUGACUUUGGAGCCAGCUGACUCACUAGCCAAGAAGAAGCAGGUGCACUUUGAAGAUCAUGUGGUCAGGAUCAUCCCAGGCCUCAUCGAAGACCCAGACAAUGAGGACAGUGAGCCAGAGGAAACCACCUCUGACACCACCCCCAUCAUCCCUUCAUCCCAGGCUCCACUCUUCCUGCCUUCCCUCACAGACAUCAUUCUCUUCUGAGCUGCUUACUCAAGCCUUGGAGAUGUUUGGCAAGGGUUGACAUAGAUUAAUGACUCUGCCUGGAGUUUUCUGAUAUCUGUGGACCCUCCAGGGAGCCCAGGGUCUUUGUAGGUCAGCUCUUCAAGGUGUGACCAAACAUACUCCAAUGAACCUCUGGGGCCAUUGAGCAGCAUGAUAGGUCCUGAAGCAGCCUUAAGGGAGGUACAAAUGAAGCCCACACUGCUUCAAACUAGAACAAGUUCUUUCUCCUGCACAUAGAGUGAGGAAAUCUUUGUGCUUUCCCCAAAAAGAUCAUCACUCCCACUUCACACAAGGCUGCCUCAGCCCCAGGAGAAGCCACCAGACUUCUGCUGCUCCUGACACAGGUCUCAACACUCAGCAAGGACCUAUGUCCAUCCCAUUUCUGAGACAACAUCCCAACUCUGAAGGCCCAAGGAUGCACUGGCAAUUAUGCAUGUCAACAGACAAGUAUUGAAGGUGGCCGUGGGUCCCAACCUCCAAAUGAGAUUGCUCAGAUAGGGAUAAAAGGCCAGACUGCAGGCCCUUAGGACAGGGGAGUAGUGCCCAGCAGUGAGCUUCAUGCUGUUUGUGCUCUGGGGCUGGGGCUGGGGCUGGGCCUGGGCAGCAAGGGUCACAGAGCCACUGAGGGAAAAAGUGCCACUUUUCUCACUGCAGGGAGAGCCAGGCCAGAUGAGUGAUGCUCGUUCUGAAAACACCACUGAGGCCUGCCUGCACCCCACCUCAUGAACUUUUCCAAGAUUCCAAGUAGAUGAUGUACACUAAAAGCUCCUGAAAGCCAAUGACAGCUUUCAGUCAUGAAUGCCACAGCACAAGAUGCAGUGCCUGCUAUACUCAAGGACCUCAGAGGUGGUGCCCUGAAGAUUCACCCAACAAAAAGAAUUGCCUCUGCCACUCUUAGGUGUCUGGUAGCAGAAUAGGUGAUAAACAUAUGUUUGUUCAAAAUGAGAAGGAAGAGGAGGGAAAGAGGGAUGGUAGGAGGAAAGUGAUCAGGCAAGUUAGCUCUCUACGACCACUUCAUGGAAGUGGGAGUUAACUCAGAUUAAGCAAAGAAAUUUGAAUCAGAUAUUCCUUAGUUAAAGGACUUGCAAUAUGUUUUCAUUUCUAAAAAGUGUCCUUUGGUCCACAGGGUUAUUGUAAGGAAGAGCAAACAUGCUCUUCUUCAUACACAAUCUGAAUUAAUGAGACAUCCAAUCACAUGCUCCCAACUUUGUGUGUGAGCAGACACCAAGAUCUUCAGAACAGCCCUCAGAGCACAUGCUUUAAGGUCUAGGUAAGAAAUGUGUGUUCAUUCUUGUGUACUUUUCAACAUCCCCUACAAGUUAUUUCAAAAAUGUAUGGAAAUAGCCAACUAGAAGCUAGUAUCAUUUUCAUGCCUAAAGGUAGCAAGUGUAUUAUCAUACUAGCAGAUCUCUUCCUGCAAUAACAGUUCUUUUGUAAACCAAGUCAAAAAGACACACUUCCAUAAGCCCUCCAUGGUGGAAGUAGUAGAGCUGUUUCUUUAACUGUCACUGAGAAGGGACUUCAGGAUCUGAGAGUCACAGUCAGGAGACAAUGAAUAAUAUGGAACGUGAGUAUGUAUAUAUGGGAAUUGUACCCAUUUCUUAAUGGGGUGGAGUCCUAGACAGGUCACAUGUGCACAGAAGGAGCCCAGGCUCUUGCACCUGUCAUGUGGAGAAGGGGAAUGUGAUGAACACAGCACAGAUGCAGCCAGCCUCUGCAGACCCCAAUGUUCCUGCUCUAUUCUCAGAAGCUUAGGCAGCAGAGCUAGAUAUGGAUGACCAGCUUACAUGCAAGAAGCACACCCAGAAGUAUAAUGUCAGAGCUCUCAGAUCUCAUUUAAUAAACAUUUCUGUAAACCCAAAA